UCCCCCUUCAAAUUCCAUUCCCUCUUUCCCCUUCUCCCACUUUUCGCCACCUCCCUCAAUUCCACCUCCGAAAUCUGACCCCUACUUCCAAUUUCAGGGCACAGCCCUUACCCCAGAUGCCAUGCCGCUCUUCGUCUCGGACGAAGAGUUCUCCUGCCACCAAGCCGACGCCGCUUGGGUGGCGGAGAAGGCCGACUCCUUCAUCCGGAACCUCUACACCGAGCUCGACACCGUGAAGGCGCAGAACGACGCCGCCUCCAUCACCGCCGAGCAGACCUGCUCCCUCCUGGAGCAGAAGUACCUCGCUCUCUGCGAUGACUACUCCAAGCUCGAGGCCGAGCUCGCGCAGCUCAAAUCCUCAUUCGACGAGCGCCUCUCCGAGCUCGCCGAGGUCCAGUCCGAAAAGCGCCAGCUCAAUUUACAAGCCAUUAAUAAAGAUAGUGAGAUAGAGAUGCUGAAGACGGAGGUGUCGGAGCUGCAUAAAUCAAAGAGGCAGUUGAUGGAGAUAGUGGAGCAGAAGGAUGAGGAUAUUAGUGCUAAGAAUGUCACUGUCCAGUCGUAUCUCGAGAAGAUUGUCAAGUCGGCUGAGAAUGCUGCCCAGAGGGAGGCUCGAUUGAGUGAAGCCGAGGCGGAGUUAGCACGCACCAAGGAUUCAUGUACUCAUCUUUCACAGGAGAAAGAACUUAUUGAGAGACAUAAUGUCUGGCUUAAUGAUGAGUUAGCAGCCAAAGUUGACAGUCUCAUUAAGCUCCGUAGAUCGCAUGCCGACAUUGAGGCAGAGAUGUCUUUUAAGCUUUCAGAUGUUGAACGAAAGUUCAAUGACUGUUCUAGCUCCUUAAAUUGGAACAAGGAAAGAGUGAGGGAAUUAGAAGCUAAGGUGACAACCUUGCAGGAGGAACUACGCUCAUCAAAAGAUACUGCAGCAGCUAAUGAAGAGAGAUCUAAUGCCGAAAUCUCGACGAUAAAUAAGCUUGUUGAGCUAUAUAAGGAAAGUUCAGAGGAAUGGUCCAAAAAGGCUGGAGAGCUUGAGGGCGUGAUCAAAGCCCUGGAGACACAUUUGAGUCAAGUUGAACAUGAUUACAAGGAGAGACUUGAAAGGGAAGUGUCAGUAAGAAGUCAAUUUGAAAAGGAGGCAGCAGAUCUGAAGACAAAACUUGAGAAGUGCGAAGCUGAAAUUGAAACUAGCAGAAAAGCAAAUGAGCCGAGUCUUCUCCCAGUCAAUAGUUCUAGCCAGGAAAUGUGGUUGAAUUCACUAGAACAUGUUGACAUGGCUGAGGUUAAUGGUGCGAUUGUGCCAAAGAUUCCUGUUGAUGUUUCUGGAACAGCACUAGCAGCUUCCCUUCUACGCGAUGGGUGGAGUCUUGCAAAAAUGUAUGCGAAGUACCAAGAGGCAGUCGAUGCCAUGCACCAUGAGCAGCUGGGAAGGAAGGAAUCUGAGGCAAUCUUGCAACGGGUUUUGUAUGAAAUAGAACAGAAAGCAGAAGUCAUUAUGGAUGAAAGAGUGGAACAUGAGAGAAUGGCCGAGGCAUACUCUGUGAUCAACCAGAAGUUGCAGGACUCGGUUUCUGAACAAGAUUACUUAGAGAAAAUUAUCAUGGAGUUGAAGGCUGACAUAAGGAGACAUGAACGUGACUACUCCUUUGCUCAAAAAGAGAUUGCUGAUCUUCAGAGAGAGGUGACAAUCCUUUUGAAAGAAUGUCGAGAUAUACAGCUUCGUGGUUCAUCUUCGGGUCAUGAUAGUCACGAAAAUACUGUUGUGGUGUACUCAGAAUCUGAUACUGAAAAAGUCAUAUCUGAACAUCUUUUGACCUUCAAAGACAUAAAUGGUCUGGUUCAGCAGAAUGCCCAGUUUAGGAGUCUCGUUCGCAAUCUUACUGACCAGCUUGAAAAUAGGGAACAUGAUUUCAAGGAAAAGUUUGAAAUGGAGCUUAAGAAGCAUACUGAGGAAGCUUCUUCUAGAGUGGAGGCUGUAUUACGCAGAGCAGAAGAGCAAGGGCAAAUGAUUGAAUCCCUUCACACCUCUGUCGCAAUGUACAAAAGGUUGUAUGAAGAGGAACAUACGCUUAACUCAUCUAGCCCGCAUUUAAUAGAGGCUGCUCCAGAGGAAAGACGAAGUGAUGUUAGGCAUCUACUUGAGAGUUCUCAGGAAGCUAGUAGAAAGGCCCUAGACAAUGCUGCAGAACGAGUGAAAUGUCUAGAGCAAGAUGUAGCCAAGGCCAGGUGUGAGAUAAUAUCAUUGCGGUCAGAGCGUGAUAAUUUCUCUUUGGAUGCAAAUAUUGCUCGAGAAAAACUUGAGAGCUUUAUGAAAGAAUUUGAGCAUCAGAGGAAUGAAACAAAUGGUAUACUAGCAAGGAACAUUGAGUUCUCUCAGUUAAUAGUUGACUACCAGCGGAAGCUGCGUGAAUGUUCUGAGUCUGUGCAAACUGCUGAGGAGCUUUCUAGGAAGUUCACUAUGGAGGUGUCUCGUUUGAAGCAAGAAAAGGAAAUACUGCAACAUGCUGAGAAGAGAGCUUCGGAUGAAGUUCGUAGUUUGUCAGAGAGAAUUUAUAGACUGCAGGCUAGUUUGGAAACUAUUCAGAGUACCCAGCAAGUUCGCGAGGAAGCAAGAGCUGCUGAGAGGAGAAAACACGAAGAGUAUAUAGAACAAAAAGAGAGGGAGUGGGCUGAUGCUAAAAGAGAAUUGUUAGAAGAGAAAAAUAAUGCCCUCUCUCUUGCACAUGACCGCGAUCAGACUAUAAAAAAUGCCAGCAAACAGGUUGAAGAAAUGAGGAAAGAUUUGUCUAAUGCUCUUCAUGCUGCUGCAUCUGCAGAGAGUAGAGCUGCUGUAGCUGAGGCCAGAGUGUCUGAUCUGGAGAAAAGGAGUUCAUCCUCAGAUAUCCAGGUUGUUGAGAUUGAUGGGGCGAGUGGUUCUGCUUCUUUGACAGGCGAUGAGGCUGUGGUGGCAUUACGUGCUGCAAAGGAUGAGAUUAAGAAUUUGAAAGAUGAAAUGCAGGCUAAUAAAGAUCACAUGCUACAGUAUAAGAGUAUAGCUCAGGUAAAUGAGGAUGCGUUGAAACAGAUGGAAUUUGCACAUGAUAACUUCAAAAUUGAGGCUGAAAAACUGAAGAAAUCUCUAGAUGCCGAAGUACUCUCUUUGAAAGAGAGGGUAUCUGAACUUGAAAAUGAGCUUACAUUGAAGUCCCAAGAACUGGCUUCUGCAGCUGCAGGGAAGGAAGAAGCUCUUUUUUCUGCUUUAGCAGAAAUUUCAAGCCUAAAGGAAGAAACCUCAGCAAAAACUUCUCAAACGGCUUCCCUGGAGAUUCAGCUUUCUACUUUGAAGGAACACUUGGAGAAAGAACACCAGCGAUGGCGCACUGCACAGGCUAAUUAUGAAAGACAGGUCAUCCUCCAGUCGGAGACAAUACAGGAGUUGACUAAAACAUCACAAGCUUUGGCUGUGCUCCAGCAGGAAGCAUCAGAGAUGCGUAAAUUGAAUGAUGCACUCAAAAGUGAAAAUGAUGAACUGAAGUCUAAGUGGGAUGUUGACAAGGUGUUGUUAGAGGAAUCCGCUAGUAUUGCAGAAAAGAAGUACAACGAAAUCAAUGAACAGAAUAAAUUACUGCACAAUCAGCUUGAGGCUUUGCACAUUCGAUUGGCCGAGAGAAAUCGAGGUUCAUUUGGAAUUUCUGGAAGCACCGAAGCAGAUACAUCAGGUGAUGCUGGUUUGCAAACUGUGAUUAGUUAUCUUCGACGUACAAAAGAGAUUACAGAGACAGAGAUAUCCUUAUUGAAACAAGAAAAAUUACGAUUGCAAUCACAACUUGAAAGUGCCCUCAAGGCUUCGGAAGCAGCCCAAGCAUCACUCCGUGCUGAGCGCGCAAGUUCAAUGUCGAUGUUGUUCUCGGAAGAGGAGCUAAAAUCCUUACAACUACAGGUUAGAGAAAUAAACUUGCUCCGCGAAAGUAAUAUCCAACUCAGAGAAGAAAAUAAGCACAAUUUUGAGGAAUGCCAGAAAUUGCAUGAUUUAUCACAAAAGGCUAGUGUUGAGCGUCACAACCUAGAGAGGCUGUUAAGGGAUAGACAGAUCGAGGUGGAGGCAUGUAAAAAUGACAUUGAAAUACAAAAGAUGGAGAAAAAUCACUUGGAAAAGAAGCUUCAUGAGUUACUUGAAAGGUAUAGAAAUAUAAAUGUUGAAGAUUAUGAUCGCACAAAGGCUGAACAUCAGCAGAUGCAGCUAACAUUGAAGGAGAAGGAUUCCCAUAUAGAAGAAGUCCAGAAACUUCUUUCAGAGAAGCUGGAGAUUGUAUCAUCUUUAGAAAAAGAUAUUGCAAAUGUCAGAUCGGAACUGACCGAGAAGGAUAGGAGGAUAAAUGACAUGUUGCAAGCAGAGGCAAGUUUAAAAUCGGAGGCGGAGAAGCAAAGAAGGAUCGGUCUUCAAUUUAAGAGGAAGUAUGAGAUGUACUUAAAGGAAAAGGAGGAUCUUCAAAAGCAAAAGGAUGAGCUUCAAAGGCAUUGUAACGACCUUCAAAGACAGAGGGAUGACCUUGUUAGGCAGUUGGACGAAAAACAAGCAAAACGGUCUUUUGGUGAUCCUGCUGCAGAGCAUGCUCUCAAAGAAGAGAAAGACCAAAAAAUUCAGACUCUACAAAAGAUGAUGGAGAGGCAGAAAGAGGCGAUGGAGAGGCAAAAAGAGGACCUCCUACGAAAUGAGAAAGCAAACCGCAAGAAGACAGAGAAUGCUGUAUUGGAUUCUCUUAAUAAAAUCGAGCAGGAUAAAAUAACGUUCAAGAAUGAGCUGGAGAAGCAUAAGCAGGCUGUCAAGCAGCUUUCCGAUGAACAGGAAAAGCUGAAGCUUGCAAAAGAUGGUCUUCCUGAGGGUACUUCGGUUGUGCAACAUCUUUCUGGAGCCACACUGGAUGAUCGAGCCUCUGCUUACUUCCUGGCUUGUGAAAAUUAUGAAAGGGUGGCACAUUCAACUUUGAAUGAACUAGGAGCUGGUGGUGUUCCUGCAGACACUCCAAUUGCAGAUGCUCCAUCUGUUAGUACUGCUCCUGCUCAAGCAGCCACUGUUGCAUCCUCGAUAACUCCUACUGCGGUCUUGCCAUCCAAAACAACAGAUGAAACUGAAAGGAGGUUAUCUUUUCCAAAAAGAAAUUUUGAACCUCGUAAACCAGGGAGGAAAUUGGUUCGGCCCCGUCUUGUAAGACCUGAAGAACCACAAGGUGAUGUAGAAAUGUCAGAGACGGAAGGAUCUCAGACUUUGGCAAAACACGCAGCUUCCACUGAUGCUGAAGUUCAGGGUAUUGCUGCUCCGACACAACCACUGCUUCGGAAACGUCAAGCUUCUUCCUCUCAGUUUGAGUCUCAAGAGGAAUCAAUAAACCAAGGGGAUGCUGGUCCCAAUGUGACAGCACCUGUCUCAAAGAAGCCCAAGGGCUCAGAUUCUCCUCUAACGAGUGAAGGACCGGCACCUGCUUCCUUGGAAAGUCUUGGAAAUGUUUCAGCCACAGAAGAAGCUUUCAAUGUUGAAUUUCCUCCAGGUUCAAAUGAGGAAGGUGCUGUUGAUGCUGAUAAGGAAGACAUUGAGAAUACUGUAAUGAAGGUUGAAGAGCCAAUUGAACAACAAUUUGAUGAUUCAAGUCAACCUGAAUCACAACUUGACAAGAAUAUUGUGUUGGAAGAUGUGGAUGGAUCAGAUGUUAAAGAGACGGUACCGGAUGGUGGAGCAAAGGACAAUCAGAUGGAGUCCGACAACCAACAGCCCAGUGAAAUUGGAGGAGACAGAGAAGAGGGAGAGCUUCUGCCUGAGGUAUCAGACCUUGAAGGUGGUGAUACCACCAUGGCAAGUCCUGGUAUGGAGGAAGGUCAAUCUGAGCCUAUUACAACACCCAGAGCUUCACCUUCUAGGGUUGAUGAUGACGAUCUUGCUGGUGCUUCUGCUGUAGAAAUUAGUGAAGAGAAUUGUCCAGAAGUUCUAAAUGAAGAGAAAACCAAUGAAGUUGAUGUACCUGAAGAGACAGCUGAAGCAUCUGAUAAGUCCAAUGAUGGUAUCGACCAAAGUGGAAUGGAGACCGACCUUGCUGCUGAAGCUGCCUCAGUAAUUGGUGAUGCCUCUGUAACUGGUGAGAGUGCCUCUGCUAGUACUACUACUACAGAGGUUGGUGGUUCAAAACAAGCCAGUACUAGUGCGACCACUGAAGUUGAAGAGACAAGGCAGGUUUCUCCUUCCACAACUACCAUAAAUAUACUCGAAAAGGCUAGGCAGGGCCAAUUGCUGAGACAGCGUGGGCUACAACCACUUGCUGCACCUCCGGCACCGAAUAGAGGUCGGGGAAGACCACCACAACGUGCACGUGCACGUGCUGUACGUCGUACUCUGCGUGGACGCGGACCCCCAUCUGGCGAUCAAGUUUAAUACCAUAACAAAGUUGCACCGUUGCGGUUUCGUUGGGGAGCAGGUUCCAGGGGUUGUGGAUUCUCUGUUGUUACAGUAUUAAAUGAAUAGAGAGAUUUAGUCAUUUGGAGUUGUUCAUUAGUUGCAGCAGAGUUAUCUGUAAACCUACUGAACUAUGGUUUUCUAAAUGAUGGUGUUAUUUUUGAGCCAGUCUGGGAUAUGAACUAUUAUAUGCAAAUUCUUCUCCUUAUUUGGUACC